GUUAUAAAACCAGGAAGCGACCACCACAAGACGAGCGUGACCGUGUUCUUCUUCUGUCUUUAAAGGAAAACUGUCAUUAAAACAACCACACGCUUUGAUAACAACUUCCUUGACGGUUAACGGACGCCAUCUUUAUUGAGAUUUUUAUCUGAAGCACCCACUUUUGUAUAAUCGCUCAGUAACUCGUUCACCAAGGUCACAAGUGCUCGUGGAUGCAGUGCAGCUAAGCCUUCAGCACAUGCGAUCACAGCAAAGCUUGAAGGCACAAGUGCAAGAAACAUGGCUGGACUUAUAAACUUUGAGGAUGAAAAUGAAGUGAAACAGUUCUUGGACAAUUUGGGAGUGGAGUACAGCUUCCAGUGUUACAAAGAAAAGGAUCCUGAAGGGUGCCAAAGGCUCGCAGACUACCUGGAGGGUGUGAAGAAGAACUAUGAAUCUACUGCACAAGUGCUGAAACAUAACUGUGAAACAUAUGGACAUGGAGAGAGCUGCUAUAAACUGGGGGCAUACCACGUCACAGGCAAAGGUGGAGUGACUGAGUGUCUGAAAACUGCUUACUCCUGCUUUAUGCGCUCCUGCAAUACCAAGGGAAAGAAGUCCAUAGAUGCCUGCCAUAACGUUGGUCUGUUAGCCCAUGAUGGGCGAGCUAUUGAAGGAGGACCUGACUCGACUAUAGCUCGGCAGUACUACGAGAAAGCCUGUGCUGGUGGCUUCGCUCCUUCCUGCUUUAACCUCAGUGCUUUGUACAUCGAGGGCAAUGCCAAAGGACUGGCGCCGGAUAUGAAUCAAGCUUUGAAGUACGCUAACAGGGCUUGUGAGCUGGGACAUGUGUGGGGCUGCGCCAAUGCAAGUCGCAUGUACAGACUUGGGGAUGGUACGGAGAAGGAUGAGAAGAAAGCAGAGGAGCUGAAGAAUCGAGCGAGGGAGCUGCACAGUUUAGAGAAGGAAAGGCAGCUCAAAUUUGGGGAGUGAAUGUGACACACUUGGUUAAAUGAUCAUAUAUCAUAUCAUACACACAUGGUGCUCAGUCAGGUCGUUUAUGGGGACAGGUAAUUGUGUGCAGAAUCUGUUCAGGGCUUCAGAGGUAGGAGAUGAUGUGUCGUUUAAAAAUGAAUGGUGAAAUAAACGUGUUUGCCUCAUUUACAGUGUGUAGACUGACAAAUUCAGGGAGCAGUGUUUGCUUGACUGUUUGUAUUGGUAGAUUUAAGCCAAAUGUAUAUUAAUGUGAAUGUAAAAUAAAAUGAGUCUUGAUUCAUGUUCAGUAGUUGAUUAUUAAUAAUGGCUUUUAAAGGUCCAUAUUUGUGGUAUAGAAAUUAGGCACAAGCUUACAGGCUUUAAACUCAGUGUUCUGUCUUUAGAUCAGCAUCACAUUGUCAUGUGCACCAACCUUUUUAUACAACAUUAUAAAUAUUUAUUGUAUAUGUUAUUAGUUUUGUGUGGCACAUAAUUUAUUUUUAUUUAAUUUGAACAAACCUUUUGGAACAUGUCGAAUGAGCUGCCUCAAAUUGUGAAGCUCUUGAGUGCUCAGCUGUAACAAUGAUGGGGCUACAUGUAAAUCAAGCAGGCAAACACAGUGCUGAUGUUGGAACUGUUGGGUUUUUGUAUUAAGUAAGAAUAGUGACAUGUAUAAUUGUCAGAAAACAUAGUGACCACACUGGAGCACCCAAAUAUUAAUCCUUAUGGUUGGACUGGGUUAAUUUUGGUCCAUAAACUUAUCAGUGAGGAAAAUUUGGCUUAGCUCCGUGAGUGCUAUAGUUAACUUUCUACACAUUAACAUCACUUUUCUAACUAUAUCAAAUAUGUUUUAAAGUUUGUUUUUUUUUUAUUAGACCAACUUUCUUCCUAAUUAAUCCCAACAGGGUGGCGCUGUCAGAGUGUAACAAUCGUGAAACAUUGCAGAAAGACAUGAGCAUGUGUUAGGUUUAUGCUCACUCUACUUUAAUCCUUUAAAGGCAUGGCGUGUAAGAUUUCGGGGGAUUUAGUGGCAUCUAGUGGUGAGAAUUCUCAUUUCUCAAAAAAAUAUAUGGAGCCGGUGAUUUAAACUGGUAGAAGCACUGAAUAAAACAGUUUUUGAAAAUGUAUAAACAUAUAAAAUCUGUUUUCCAACACCCUUGUCACGGAGGGGCUGACACAAAAAUGUGAAUGGCUCUAUCUAGAGCCAGUGUUUGGUUUGUCUCUUCUGGGCUACUGUAGAAACAUACAACAUGCUGAUCUCCACGGAUGAGGAUCAGGUCCCUAUAUAGAUACUAACUCAUUCUAAGGUAACAAAAACCAUGGUUCUUUUUUUAAGUGAUUAGACACUGAAGAAACAUUUAAUAUCUGCCAAUAUAACUCUGUAAAUCCUUCACACUGGACCAAGUUUCCUUCAAAAAACAUGCCACUUCCUGAAAUUGGUCUGAAUGGAAUUUUAGGGUUUUUUUUUUAAGAUGAGAAACUAAUAACUAACAGGAUGGCUGCAGGGACAGAAUACACGAUGCAAUGAUGAAAACACUUAGAGAAAUGUAGUCCUUCCUGUUAUAAAUAGU